AUGGCUGACAGUGAGCUGGCGCCCAAGUUUGCGCCGUUCCUCUCCUUUGCCGGCAUUGCUUCCGCAAUGAUCUUCGGAUGCGCAGGAGCUGCAUAUGGCACAGCAAAGGCUGGAGUUGGUAUUGCCGGUGUAGGCUCAUACCGACCGGACUUGAUCAUGAAGUCCCUUAUCCCUGUCGUCAUGUCCGGUAUCAUUGCAGUUUACGGUCUUGUCAUUUCAGUCCUUAUCGCACAAGCAGUCCGACCAGGAGAGAAUGGCAACAUGUACGGAAGUUUAUACUCGUCAAUCAUGCAUCUGGCAGCUGGAUUGUCAGUUGGUCUUACCGGCUUGGCCGCGGGAUACGCUAUCGGUGUUGUCGGUGAUGCAGGUGUUCGAGCAUACAUGCAGCAAUCCCGCGUCUACGUUGGCAUGAUUUUGAUUCUGAUUUUUGGUGAAGUCCUUGGUUUGUAUGGAUUGAUUGUUGGCUUGAUUCUGAACUCUAGAUCGUGA